AUGGAAGUGAAAUAAAAGGUUCUUUGUUUUCAUGGAUUUGGCACAAAUUCAGAGAUGUUAUCCUAUCAAUUGAGAUAGUUCAAGAAAGAAUUUAAAGAUAUUGAUUUCAUUACACUUAAUGGACCUAUUCCAUUAAAUAGGAACGUAAAAUUUUCUAAAAUCUUUUAGGUAAUUAUGGAUGAAAGUAUAGCCAAAAUGUUGGAGAAUUAGAAUAUUUACAGUUGGUUGAAUUUUAUGUAAUUUAAAAACAAUGAUAUUGAUUCAAGUAAGCUUAGAUUUAUAAACUUAGUAUUUUCUCCAGCACUAGAGGAAGUAGUGAAAAUAUUAAAGGAAUAAGGACCUUUUUUUGGAGUGAUGGGUUUUUCAUAAGGAUCUGCUAUUGCUGUUAGGUUAGCCUCUAAAAUUGCUGCUGGAGAGAUUGAUUUAGGCUAUGACUUAAAAUGCUUUAUUUUUGUUUCAGCAUAAGCAAACCAUAUUCCUGAAACAAAAUAAUUCUUAUGCCGAAUUCCUUCCCUUCAUUUAAUAGGGUUUAAUGAUUUUGUUGUGGAUAGGUAAAAAUAAAAAAUCUAUAUUAUAGAUCAAUGGGAUUAGUAGUACAAUUCCUAAAUCCCUAUGUUAUAUAUCAUAAUCAAGGCCAUAAAGUUCCUACAUUAACUUAUGAAUAAGUGAAAGAUCUAAAACGAUUUUUUGAGAAUCCCUUAUAAGAUUGGUCAAAAACAGUCUAUGUACCUAAAUUAGCUAAAUUGUGAUUAUAUAUAUAUUUAAU